GAGAGAAGAAAUAAAAAAACGUUGGGUUUUUCUUGUAAAUUAAUCAAAAACCAAAAAUCAAAGGUUUCCCUUUUGUUUCUUUUUUAUUUUUAAGGUUUGCUUGCUUUGCUAAAUUUAUUCUCUUCUUAGCCUUAAAUUCAUCUACCAGUCUUCUUCACCUUCUCUUCCCAUCUAUCACCCCUCCCUCACACUUUUUCCUUCUCUAAUUUUCUCAGAAACCAAACAAGAAAUUAGGGUUCUUGUUCUGAAAUUCAAUGACUUUUUAUGAUGAUAACAAUCAUGAUAAGGGAGGGGAGGUGGUACCAGAGCUGAAGCUGAGAGUUGAGGGUGAUGAUGAUGAUGAUGUUAAUGGAAAAAGGGUGAAUUUGAGGCAGAGAUUAUUAGAAGAAUGUGAAGCAGAAGAGAAGGAUUCGUCAUUAAAGGAGCCAGCUUUUUCGUCUAUACGGAGAAGGUCUAUUUGGUAUUGGAUCAAGUUGGGAAUUUUGCUUACCUUUGUAGGGUUAUUGGCUGCUAUUUUCCUCAAAUGGGUUGGCCCAUUUUUCAUGGAUAAGGAGCUAAUGCCUAUAAUAAAUUGGGAGAUGGCAACCUUUAGUACUCCGACGCUGGCAGUUCUAAUAUUUGCUUCUAUCGCAUUAUUCCCCACAAUACUUCUACCAUCUACACCAUCUAUGUGGGUGGCAGGGAUGACAUUUGGUUAUGGUUUUGGAUUUCUACUAAUCAUAUCUGCAGCUGUUGCGGGUGUAUCACUUCCAUUCUUUGUUGGCUCUCUUUUCCUUCACAGAAUUCAAGGGUGGUUAGAAAAAUAUCCUAAGAAAGCAGCUAUUCUGAGAGCAGCUGGUGAAGGAAAUUGGUUUCAUCAGUUUAAAGCUGUAACAUUAAUCAGGAUCUCUCCAUUCCCCUAUAUGAUAUAUAAUUACUGUGCAGUUGCAACAAAUGUUAAGUAUGGUCCUUACAUCCUGGGAUCUUUGAUAGGAAUGGUGCCAGAAAUUUUUGUUGCAAUAUACACUGGGAUCCUCAUACAGACUUUGGCAGAUGCUUCACAUGAGCGACAUGGCCUGUCAGCUCCACAGAUUUUGUUAAAUGUUGGUGGUUUCCUUAUAACGCUGGUGACAACAAUUGCUUUCACAGUUUAUGCGAAAAGGCAGCUAGGAAUAUUGCAGAGAGAAGAAGAAUUAAUAUUGCAGUAAGGUGUCGUUUGGUUUAGAGAAAAACCAUCUCUACCCAAGCUAGGUGUCUGUCUCUUGUUGAGACACGUUAUAGGGCUGGAUGAAGUUUUAUUUAUUGAACAACAUCAUCCAUUGAAGGAAAUGUGCGACACAAUAUGGUCCUAUGUAACAUUGCAAAGGAGUGACACGUGGGAACCAAGGCAAAUCUAACAUCAAACAGAAAGGCUGUUUCUGUCUUCCAUUUAUUUAAAGAAUUUUAUUCUUUGCUCUCUCUCUCUCUCUCUCACACACACACACACAUAUUUGAGAUUUGUAGCUGUCUUAUGAAAGUUAAAGUGGUCCAAGGCAAAAUAGCUGACAAUAUGUAUAUAAUUCAAUGCCAUUUUGUUGCUGACUUUCUGAAUAUUAUAUCUCGCAACUGUUCAUUGGUCUCUUUUAUUGUAUUGGAUUUCACAUGAACAUGCUUCUCCUUUUAUCCUUUUUCUAUUUGUUAACCUUGGGUGCCAAAUAAAGAAAUGCUCAUUUAUAAGAAUUGAGGCACUUUCUCAGGUAUAAAAUCCAGUUUCAACCUCAAACGGUGCUACAAGGAUGAUCUGUUGUGUUUGCUUAACCUUCAAUCUUUGUCAAAGGUGGAACAAUGUUCUCACAUGUCUGUCUAAACUUCAAGAUCUUAAUAAUAUAAUGAAAUAUCGUUCAA